AUGCUCUCGUUUGAUCCACAACUCAACCCACAUAUAGUAUCUUGUAUCCUAGAGAACGAGUGGGGCGAAACUACCUCCCUCAAAUGGGACCCGAUGGACUUUCAGCAUGUCCACUUAAACAAAAAUUUCGAAUUCAAUUACCAUGUUGACACAAUCGACAUAAUAGCAGACAAGGCCGUAAUACCCAGAUGGUCGGAAUGGAUAUACGAGUAUGACUCUAAGGCGUUUAGGACCAAUCACGGAAGGUUGCCUGUAGGACCUCCUCCCUCCACCAAGAGUGUCAUUAUCCACUUUCUCGUGAGCGAGUCGUUUGAUGGGAAAGAAAUCAUCAACCUAAUUGAUAAAGGAGUCAUCCCGUCAGACUGGAGGAUUAUAGUUGUAGUCCCAAAAGAGCGUGAGUUCAAGCAGUUCGAUGCCAGAUGCUUUGGCAAGAUGACUUUUGAGAUGCGUGCCUACCUAGUCAUAACGGAGCUGAAUAUAGCAGAGACCAUCUUCACGAAUAUAAAACAUCAAUCCAUGACACUCAACAAGGAUAAACGACAUCCGACGAAGACGACGAGGACAUCGUACAAAUUCUUGGAAUAA